AUGAUGACACAAAAAGAGACCCUUGGAAACUUCUUCAGCAUGGAUGUAACUCUCCGUACACCAGAAGAGUCAUCGGCUAACAUGUAUCAACCACAGCUCGUCGGCUUCAUCGCCAACCCCAACGCUCAGAUUCGUCUGCUCGCUGCUGAGAACCUCGUCCCCUACUCAUUGUCAGAACCCAGUAUCUUCAAAGCCGAGAAACUUCAACCAGUCAAGCAUCUCAGUUUCCUGGUCCGGGACCAUCCUAAAAUUGCUGAACAUGCCAUCACAAUGCUGGUCAACUUAUCGAGUGACCAAGAGGUUCUCGAAUUCCUUGCAAAAGACGAGAAGUUCCUCGGUAUUGUGUUCGAUCUAAUAGUGAACCCCGAAGAGCCUAAUGCCAACUUGUUAGCCAUGCUUGUGGCCAACCUUUCCAAGUGGGAUGGCUUGAAAGAUUUCCUCAAGCGAAAGCAAGAACCUCCCAAGGAACUCGGCUCAGACCAGGUUGUUCUCAACCAACUACUAGAUUUGUUCGUCAAGGGACAAGACGGCACAUACAACAAGCACGCAGACUUUGACUAUCUAGCCUACGUCUUCGCUGAUCUCUCCAAGCACGCCGAUAUUCGAAAGCACUUCCUUGAAGAGCAAUCUUAUGACAAGGUUAUUCCCAUUACCAAGCUCAAGGUUUUCACUGAGCACAAAUCCGAUAUUCGACGAAAAGGUGUCGCUAGUACUAUCAAGAACGUCGCUUUUGAGGUUUCAUCUCACGCUUCAUUCUUAUCUGAGGAUGAGAUCGAUAUCCUACCUUAUAUCCUGCUCCCUAUCAUGGGUAACGAGGAGUACGACGUUGAUGAGACAAUGGAUAUGCUGCCUGAUCUCCAACUACUACCGCCUGAUAAGAAGCGAGACUCAGAUAAUCAGAAUGUGCAGACACAUGUUGAGACACUCACAUUAUUGACGACAACACGAGAAGGACGAGACCUUAUGCGUCGAGUCAAAGUCUAUCCUGUUAUUCGUGAGACACAUUCGCGAGUAAACGAUGAAGGUGUUCAAGAAGCUUGCGAGCGCUUGGUGCAGGUAUUGGCACGAGACGAGGAAGACGAGGGCAAGACAGAGAAUGAUGUUAAGGCGAUUGAGGAUAAGCCCGAGGCUACCAAUGGACGGGUGGAAGAGGUCGAGGACGAAGAUGACCAACUCGUUGAAGUUUAA